CCGGCAGGCGGUCAGGCUGUAACACAAACAGCAGCAGUGACAGCCAGGGCCACCAGCCUGCAAAGUGGUUGCUGAUGUCAAGAGAGAAGCAAUGAGAUAUAGCAUGAGCUGUCAGCCAGCCAAAUGAGGUGGUCUAGUGGAGUUCUGGCUGUGAUAGGAUGGCUGUAAGUGGAUUUGAAUCUGUAAUGUGAUAUGAAAUAGUCAAUCUCUCCCCCAUGGGUUUUUUACCUGCACCAGAGAGUGCUUACAAGUUGCACAAAACUGUUACUAGCACAUGUUCAUUUCCAGCAGCCCUCUGCAAGAAUUAGAGUGCUCUGCAGGCAGCAAAGCUUCUCCUAACUUCCUGUGAGGGUGAGACCCACAGAACAGAGUGAUCUGAUCCAACAGCUCAUGGCCACCCAAGCAGGCAGCUCCUAUUACCUGCCUUCUCUCUCUCUGCCCCUCUGCUCCCUGAGGUUUGCUGUUCCCGAGUCCUCACCAAGCCAUUUUUUUUCACUAGCCAAGAGAAAAUUAGUCUGACCUCCAAAAAGCAGGUACUGAGAAAAGGAGUAAAGAAGGCAAAGCACAUGAGAAGAGACAAGCCUGGCAGUGCUGUGCCUCAAUGAGAGGUAAACGCUGUUUAGCUCACUUAGCAGGUACCCAGCCCUGCUCUCAGCUGCUGAAGGCUGUGCCCCAGUGCCAUCUUUCUGCCUGCUGCAGGCAGGGUCAGACUGAGUCACUUUUGGGGAACUGAGAAUAAGCCCAUUUCUUUUGUCCAAUCAGCUGGUUCAGCACAGGGAGGGAGCAGCAAGCCACAGUUCAGAGGGUAUGGGAUAUCACAUGUUGUUUGGUUUGGAGAUGAAAGGUUUGAGUUUAUUCUCUGUGCUUACAGAAAAGCAACCUGGAAAAACAUGCUCCUGUGCACAUUGAUAAGUGAGUGCCUGUUUCUCAGAACCAUUUAGAGGAUCCAGAGCUAAAGUUCCAGAUGGAAAAAAAAGAGAGGAGGGGAACAAGUCAGUGAGUUUAAUCAUGUCAAGUGCCUUGUAGUGAAAUGACAAGAUCUCACUGUUCUUGCAAGCAGGAUUAGAGUGCCAGUGCCAAAGUAUGCAAUGAACCAAAUGUCAGAUGAGACUUUGCCUUCAGAAGGGCAGCCUACUCCUGCUGGCAGCAGAUGCUGUGUGUCCCCACUCUGACACAAGUUUUGGUGUGAUGUGCAGUGUUUGCACUCACUUCCACUGCUCCUUUCCAGGUGCAGAGCAGUGAUGGCUCAAGCCAGGGCUGCUCCUCUCUGCCUGCCUCACAGCUGUACUGAGGCACACUUGUGUGUGAGCUGCACUGUUUAGAACUCCUAGUGGGGUUAACAGCCACACUAGCUGUUAUAUACAGAAGGCAGAGAGAGUUAGCAGGAUCUUUGCAGGCUGCUUUAGGUAACUCUAUUGCCCUUCCAGAAACGUGCACAGCUCUUUCCUGAGGAAGGGCAGAGCUAUUUCUCCACAUUAGAGUUAAGAGCUGAAGGACUGAGAAGUUUGUUAACCUGACAUGCUGCAUCAGAACAAGAUCUGCACCCACCCCUGCAAGCCCAGUGCCACCCUCCUCACUGCUGUCCAGCCCCCUCCCUCUCCCGCUCACCUUUUCUCUGUAGAUGCACUCCAGGCAACGAUCCUCAUCCUUCAGCAUCUUGUCAAGGUGCUCACUGCCAGCCUUCAGCUCCACUUCCAGAGGCACCGUGGUUGUGGCCAGGGAGAGCUGGAGGUGACUCUGGAGGGACUUCUGGAGCGCUCCUUCGCGGUAGCUGCGCAGGAAGCGGCGGCAGUUCUCCCGCCUGCAGAACCUCAGCUGCACUAUCAGCAGAGGCCUAUGUGAAGCUGCUGUACUGCUUCCAGACCUGGCUGAACCUCGUGGGCUGUCACUGAGGGCUGUGUGGAGGCAGCAGCUCACACUGGCACUACAGCAGGUAUUCCUAAACCACAUGUCAUGGCAUGGAGCACAAUCUUAAGGCAAGGCAGACUUGUGUGCUCCACCUUAAGCAGGGCAAGUGACCUUGCCUUUAAAAUUAAGUAUAGUAUCCAACAGUGGCUUUGCAUUUUUACUAAGUCCUGUUUGCAUCUGGUCUAGUUUGGACCACAUGUGUAACUGACACAUGGGUUUAGGCACCUAGAAAAGACAAUUUAAUUCACUGUGGAUGAUUUUUUAUCACUUCCUUCAUGCUCUGCUUUUUAUGAGUGCUUAUUAAACAAAAUUUCCAUAAUAGAGCAGGAGGGCUGUGGAGGGAAAGCUGCACAGACAUGGAAACCUUUAUGAAGAGCUGUAAAGCUGCCUCAACAGAUGGGACUUUGCACCUUUUCAUGUCUGAAUAAGCAUGGUAGGAUUUCAGUUUUGUGAGCUGUCCUUUAAAUGUGUGAGUAGAUUCACAUUCCAGUGGCACAAAGCAGCCAUAAAUCAAGCCUAACUGGACAACUGUGUUAGGCUGCCUGCUUCCUGUUUCCUGUAUUUGAAUGAGCUGCAAAAUGAGCAGGCCUGUAUUGGAUAAACUGACUUGGCAUCAUUUCCAAAAGAAACUGCAGAAGAGUUAGACAAGCCCAAUUAAACAACAGAGUCUCAUCUGUGUGACAGGUAAAGAACACAUGAGAGUGUUUCUAGGUAAGUUUGUUAAACUGUUCAAAUUAUUAUUACCCUGCAGUGUGCUUGGUGCAAGGGUGGAGAGAGAGCUAUAGUUUCAUAGCUAUUUGCAUCUCAAGUAAUUUUUUUAUGUAAAUAGGGUUACAUACACCUCAAGCUAAUGUGUGUCUGUUUAUAUCAGAAUUUGAAUUUGAAUUAUAUCAGAAUUUGAAUAGAAAUUAAUUUAUACUGGCUAUCACUUGAUUUAAAAACCAGCUUCUCAAAGCAGGAAUCAUGUUUCUGUGGUGGUAUAAAGACAGCAAUUAAAUCUUCUUUCACAGCAAUUACAAUCUUUUCCCCUCUUACAUAAAUGGGUUUAAAUAAAUAUUCAUAAUGUUGGAUAAUUCAUAGGAUGGUUCAAGUUGGAAGGAAGCCCAGGCAGUGUCUAGCCCAACCUCCUAUGCAAAGCAGGGUCAGCUCUGAGGUCAGAACCAGUUGCUCAGGGCUUUAUCCAGUCCCAUCUGAAAGCCCUUGAGGAUGGAGAGUACACAGUCACUCUGGGCAACUGCCUGACUGUCUUAAUGGGGAAAAUAAAUGUCCUUUUAUCUGGUGUCUACCUCUCAUUUCAGUUUGUGCCUCUUGCCUCUCAUUCCCCAUGUAGCACUAUGACCAGUGUGGCUCCAUCUCUCCCUCCCACAGCUCUCAGCAGGCUGUUGAGUGAGCGUGAGCUUUCCUUGCCCGUGAGGGUGAGAUUAAAGAAAGGCAUGGCACUGCACACCAAGAUUCCAGGGGAUGGGUACCUGCUAAUGCCAGCUUCAGGGCCUUGAACACACAAGGCUUCUUCUGGGAGCUCUCGUAGAGGGACGGCAGAGCGAUGGUCUUGCAGGUCGACUGAAGGAAGAGGGACUCAAGAAUUAAUUGCAGUUUUGGAAGUUUUCCCAUGUUUAAACCUGACUGAAUUGGCAAAAUGUCUGCUCCAGUGCCAGAACCGUGGCAUUAAAUCCCAGAAGAAAUCCUUGUCUGAAUAGUGUGUUAUCUUUGAGAUGGACACAGAGUCUUCCAGGCAUGCAGACAAGGGGCUGCAGCUGCUCCUCCAGCUCUGUGUGGCACUUCUCAGGGGUCAGAAUGGCACCAGCUUCCAUGUGUUCGACCAAGGCCGCUUUGCCAAAGAGGUGCUGCCCAAGUAUUUCAAGCACAACAACAUGGCCAGCUUUGUCCGGCAGCUGAACAUGUAUGGCUUCAGGAAGGUGGUGAACAUCGAGCAGGGGGGGCUGGUGAAGCCUGAGAGGGACGACACUGAGUUCCAGCACCUCUGCUUCCUGCAGGGCCACGAGCACCUCCUGGAGCACAUCAAGAGGAAGGUGUCAGUAGUGAAAAGUGAGGAGACCAAGAUGCGCCAGGAGGACCUCAGCAGGUUGCUAUACGAGGUACAGAUACUGAGGAGUCAGCAGGAGAACAUGGAGUGUCAAGUGCAGGACAUGAAGCAGCAAAAUGAAGUUCUUUGGCGGGAAGUUGUUUCUCUGCGGCAGAACCACUCACAGCAACAGAAAGUCAUCAACAAGCUGAUUCAGUUUCUGUUUGGCCAGCUCCAAUCAAGCCCCAGCAGCCCUGGGAUAAAGAGGAAGCUACCUCUGAUGCUUGACAACGGGAUCUCGGCUGCACCGGUGCCCAAGUUCAGCCGGCAUCUGUCCCCAGACCCCCUCCAUGACCCCUACUUCAUACAGUCGCCAUCAACAGAGCCUGCCUCUUGCUUAAACAGCCCUGCAAUUGCUGGAGGACCCAUCAUAUCUGAUGUUACUGAAGCAUCACCAUCCAACAUCAUGAAUAUGCAAUCCCCUCCUGAAAAUGAUAGGGAGAAGUGCUUCAUGCUGAUCAAGGAAGAGCCAGUGAGCCCUGGAGUGAAGGGCAGCGCGGAGCCCGAGGUGCCCCUGCCCGGCUGCCGCGCCUGCGCCGAGCCCCCGGUGCUGCCCGUGGCCAUGGUUCAGUCUGUCCUGGAGGGCAAGGGCAGCUGUGGUGCAGCCCCACCUGGGACCUCCCAGGCACCCGAGAGGAGAGGCAGGAGGGCCCUGCUGGACAGAACAGACAUUUCAGACCCGUUGGAGGGCACCGACUGGAGCCUGGAGGGGCUGCAGCUGCUGCUGAGGAGCCAGCAGUACAGCCUGGAGCCUGCCAGCCUCUUGGAUGUCUUUAAUCCCAAUUUGUCUCUGAGCGAGUGGAAUUUGACUGAAGUGGAAGCCAGUCUGCCCCCGAUGCAGCGACUCACGGUGGAUCUGGAGAAGAGUGCAACUGAGCUGCCCCCAAAAGUGUUCAACCCACCAUUGAACAGCACCUGCCCAGGGAAAGAUGUCAUCCUUGAAAGUGCCCAGCAGUUCCUCCUCGACCGUCAGUCCAUCUUUGGGAACGACCUCAUCAGCUUGCCUGAAAAUUCAUCACUUUAUGUUCCUUCUGAAAAUACAGCUUCCUACAUGUCCUCUGUGGGUGUCCAAGGGGAUAUCCCUCUAAACCUGAGUUCUUCCACGGACAACAGCCAGUGAUUUUGCUCCCAAGAAACAAAACCUCUCUCCCACCCAUCCAAGCAUCCACAGGUUUGAAUGUGAAGAAACAAAACCGACUCAGAAACCUGCAAUAGAGUUUCUUUUUGUGCACUUUUCUUUUUUUUUUUUUUAGUAGGUGGAAAUGGUCAGUAGCUGUUGCAUUAUCCUCCCUGCACCUGGAUUUCAGUGUUUUUUAAAACAAAAUGCUACUUCUGGUGCUUGCUCCGAGGCGGAGUGAGAACUUGCCAGAAUUUUUUUUCCUUGAAAAUACUUUAGAAAUUUCAAAUCUUUUAAUAAAAUUUAAGUGAAGAGUAGCUUGAAAGUCCUGAGACUUCAUAAAAUAGUGAUCCUGACUAGUGCCUGCAAUGGCAAACUGUUAGAUUAGCACAGAUUAGCUAAGAUGCCUGACCCUUGUUGAUGCUGGUAAUUGAAUAGGAAAAUAGUUCUACAUGCCAGUCCAAUGCUCUAAAAAGAUUUUUUUAACCAUUUUCUGGGUUUUAUGGGAUGCACCUCUUCCUCCUAGGGUGAGUAGGAAAAAAGAUCUCUUGGGCUAUGUAGAAGCUUGUUUUCUGAGUGACCCCACCAGGAAUGUGCCCCUGGCUCCUAGGGGAGCUACAGAUCAUCACAGGCCACAAAACAUCCCAUGGUGAGUUGAGAGUUUUGUUGUUUGGGAUUUGUUUUGCCCCACAUUCAUUUUCUCUUACAUAUAGGCAGGGCACUCCAUACUUAGAAAAGGGAUAGACUUUUCUGCACACACAAUUUUCCAUGUGCAGAGAGGGCUGAGGGAGUGCACUCUGGGUUUUGGUGCUGGCUAAGUAUUUCAUGUCCAGUCCAAUGGGUUUUUUUCCCUUGGUUUUGACCUGUUCUAUUUCCCCUGAAGAUGUGCCUGUUGAUUUAUUGAUGUGUAAGAUCUGAUUAAACAGUUUAAUUUAUUGGAUCCCCUUUUUAGAUGGACUCUCAGCUGCUCAGUGUAGGAGAGAGGCAGAAUGGUUAGUCCACCAUGUCCCACAAACUUUUCUUCUGUCCUUUGUGCAUCUGAGACCAGCCUCAAAGGCUGAGCUAACCUUCCCCAUCCAUGUGGUUUCUGAUAACUGAGUUCCUCAACAAAGCACAGCUUUGUUUUUUAUGCUGUAGUUCUAAUGAGAACGUAUUAUUUAUCUCAGUAUCUUCUCCCUGAGUUGCUUUUCCUUAGGAAGGUUACCCAAAUGCAGUAGGACAGACCCAGGAAAUUCAAUUAACUCAGGCCUCCUCAGGGCUUAGACAGGGAGGUUUAAGCUGCGCCAGUAUUAUCUGAAAAAAUGCUUGGCCUGCCUUCAUUGCCAUGACAAUUCUUGGUUAUGAACCACAUUUCUGAGCAUUGUGGGCAAGCAGCAUCCACCCCAAAGUGUAGCUAAUCACUCAGAUGAGUGCAGGCUCAAAAUCUCCUCAAUAAGAUGAGCACUUUUAAAAUAGACCUUCCUGUCACAGCCCUUUCCUCCAUCCAUUUAUCACUGUGUGAACAAAUGUGUUAGUUCAGAAACAUUCACUUUUGAGCACAUUUUUGCCCAGCUGAGUCCUGUGCUGGGAGCUCUGUCACUGCCUUGGUGGUGUGGUCUGUGCAGGAGAGAGGUUGUGAGAGCUCCUGAAUUAAUCCUGGCCACUGUUUGUGUUCAGGACUAAGGGAAAAUUCCAGCAGCCCCCACUGGCCUGGAAUUUAGAUGAUGUGCUUGAGUGUAUCCUGGACAAGGUUUUUCUUUUUGACAGAUUUGUGCUUAGAAAUUUCACCUAGAUCAGCCCAUUUCCACCCUAUUUUGCCCUUUCCAGUGAUGGAAAGUCAUUGAGUUGCACUCUGUUCACUUCUUUUCUCAUAGGUAAUUGAAAACUGCCUGGUGUCUCCUGACACCGACAGUGUAUGCUCAAGAUUUACACCCUUGUCUGAGCUUCCACACUCCAGGCUGCUGUCAUGUUAACACUGAAUGUAUUGAUGCAACAAGUUAUUUAAGCACAUGCUUGACUUCCAGCUCCUGAGUAGUUUUCCUGUGUUUCUCUGGAGCCUGUCACGUGCUUGAGGCUGGGCACAGCUCGUGUCUGACGGGAUGGUCUGGUUGGGGUUGAGAAAUGAGCCCUGUGAGCACAGCCAGGUGCAGCUGGGCCCUGGCUCUGUCUCAGGCUCCAGCCUGUGCUCGUGGGGAGAAGCCUCUCAGGAGGGUUCCAGGGGUUUUCUUUAGGCUUUUUGCUCUACUAUAAACAUGAGAUUGGAGCUUGAUGGUGAGAGAGGAACCUCCAGGAAGAGCACUCGGGGGCCAUUCCUGUGCAGAAGGAAGCUUGUGUUCCUUGGCUUUUUACAUUGUAAUUUCACUUGAAGGUGAUGUGCUGAGACUGCGUUUUUGCACUAUGCUGUACAUUUGUAAAGUUUUACAGAAGACACUAAUUAAACAUGUUUCAUUUUUCUCAUUUA